GACCAGGGUACUGUUCCUCGGGCGACCACAGUGGUUAGGGUAUUUACUUCCUGAUCCUUCCACAGAUUUCAUUAUCUCUGCUCCAAGGAUAAACUCCAGGCUUCAAUUCCAUCAUUGAGCAACACAUAAAAGGAUGGACGCUAAGAUAUUUCAACCACACAUAACGCAGCUCACAUCCGAGUUCAGGAAUCGAUUACUUAUGCUACCAAAAGACUUCAGGUCUGUGAGUGUUGAGGAAAGAAACUAUGUCUGGGAAGUUUGCCGCCGUAAGUAAACCAUCACUCCUGCUAGAGUCGAUAUAAGCUAAAAAAAUGGCCAUGUCUUGGGGAGGAACAGUCGUCGGCUAUGGAAGGUCUAUUUUUUCCCUUACCUUCUCAAUUUUCUCUAAAGCCAACAUCAUUCUUCCAAUUUGGGCUUAAUUAGUAUCCAAUUUUUUCCCUUUAUGUGAUUUUUUUUUUCGUUUUUUGCAAAUGAUUUUCGAUUUCUGUUUUGUGAGUUGUAGAUACCGAUCCGAGGCAAUUGAGGUCGCCGAAUUAUGGCUGGAGAUAGCAGGAACAUAGUUAUUUUUCUUCUACAUCAGUUUUUCUGCAACAUCUUCUUUUACUGUUCAUGGAUAUUUUGUCCAAUUUUAUGUUGCUAACAGUUUAUUUUUGAAUAAAAAUAAUGCUUGCCCCGUAUAUAAAGAAAAUUAUGCAUUCGGUAUUUGUUGAUGCACUUCAUAAAAUAUGUGCUCUUCCUGUAAUUGGCAUACCAGAAGCUUGUCUGUAAAUAUCGACCUUCAUUGGUCUUUCUUUGUUGCUAUUCCUAUGUUCUAAUCGGCAUACCCAUCUCAUAAUAAAUGCAAUUAUUUCUAUUUUAGAAUAUGUCUCACAUUGAUUAGAGUUUGCUUUUUAACAUCCCUUUAAUUUGUCUUGCACUAUUUCUGUGUAUGAAAUAGCAGGGGAUACCGCUUUUAUCUCUACCAUUUGUUUGUCAACAGUGGAAACUAAGAUUGGUGGUGGUUGGUGGGUGUGUUUGACUACGUAACCGGAUGUAUUUGAGCUCCGGUCACCGGACAUGUCGACAUGGCAAGAGAUCCAAGAUUCUGGAAGAUGAGAAAGGCCUACAACAUUGUUCCUUGCAAUAAAUACUUUAUGCACGUGCCAAUUAAAGAUCUGAUGACAACAUCAACAAGAUCCAAUCUCAUAUUCACCUAUUUUCAUGUGGUGGAUAUUCAACUCCAUAACCACAAGCAAGUUAAGGUCUAUACCACUAUUGAAAUAUUUUGGGUUGCCCCUGGACCAGAAGAGAAAUUGCCCGACACUGAAGAUCAAGAGUUCUCAGAUAAUGAUGCAUUUUUUUGCAUGGACAUUUGUAAACAAGCGACCACUAUGGCAAACACUUUCAUCAUUAUCAUGGUCUGUUUCGAAUCUUCCAAUAUGCUUAUACUCUACUCAUGUGUGGGGCAACUACUGCUUAUAUUUUGUCUUCUUUUAGGUGUAUGUGGUCAUUUACAAGACUGGGGAUAUGUUAUGUUGACGGCUCAAUUGAUAUGA